UUGUGCAGACAGAGCUGUAUAUGAAUGUCUCAUGACAGUACUGUACUGUAGUGAAAGACUUUGCUAAAUACAAGAGAUCUGCCUGCAUACCAGAGAGAACACCUCGUCUUCAAUCUCAACACAGAGUCACGAUGUCAGAUCUAGAGAACAGCAUGCUCUCCAUCAUCAAGGUGUUUCGCCGAUACUCCGGACACAAGUGCAAGCUGAGGAAGGCAGAGCUGAAGGAGCUGAUCAACAAUGAGAUGUCUCAGUUCAUACAGAAAAUCGACGACUCGGAGACUUUGGACCGAGUCUUCGCGGAUUUGGAUCAAAACGGCGAUCUGGAAAUCGACUUUCAGGAGUUAGUGGCGAUGGUUGCCAUGGUAACCUCGGCCUGCAACGACCUGUCCGAUCCCGAGCACAACGCGUCAGGUUGAGACAGACAGCGCUGUAAAUAUACUGCAGUUUUACCACAGCGGCGCUUCGUCUUAUAAAUAUAUCGCAGGGGGGGGUCAUUUUAAAUGGUUGGUUUGUUUUUCAAAAUAAAGCCGGUUGAAAGAUUACCGCAGUGUGGUC